AACAGUUCCCGGCGCCAGUGACUUUACUAUUCAAACCAAAAAAGGCAAAAAGCCUUCCACACACAACGGAAAAAACUCAGGAAACCUCCCCAAGCAAAAAUAAACAAAACCUUGACUUUCUUACUUCCUCUCCAAGAACUUUAUCCCCAUAACGGUCAAAACAACUACUUUCUAUAUAAAUAUAAAUAAAACCCUUCACUCUCUCUCUCUCUACCUUAGGGUUUUUGAUUUUUUUUUCUUUCUCUCUUUGAAAUCUAUGGGCGAAGAAGCAAAAGCAAUGGAUACGCCACCAACGAUUGGGGCAUCAGUGAUUCCAAUCAUGAACAAGCUCCAGGACAUUCUGGUUCCGGUGGGGGCCGAGCUUUCGAAGAUUUCGCUUCCACAGGUGGCGGUGGUCGGCAGCCAGAGCAGCGGCAAGUCGAGCGUGCUCGAGGCGUUGGUCGGCCGCGACUUCCUCCCUCGCGGCUGCGACAUUUGCACGCGGAGGCCGCUCGUCUUGAUGCUCGAGAAUCGUCCUCGGAAUGCGGCUGACGACGACGACGACGACGGUGCCGAGUGGGGCGAGUUCCGCCACUUGCCUGGCAGGCGCUUCUACGAUUUCUCCAAGAUUCGCCGCGAAAUCCAGGCUGAGACGGAAAGAGAAGCGGGGCAGAACAGAGGGGUUUCAGAUAGACAAAUUAGCUUAAGAAUUUCAUCUCCAAAUGUGCUUAAUAUGACCUUAGUUGAUCUACCUGGUGUUACUAAGGUUCCGGUGGGAGAUCAACCCACUGACAUAGAAGCGAGGAUUAGGAAAAUGAUAAUGGCACAUAUCAGGCAGGAAAACUGUAUUAUUUUGGCUGUUACUCCGGCCAAUUCUGAUUUGGCAACUUCGGACGCACUUCAGAUGGCUAGAGAAGCUGAUCCCACUGGUUCUAGGACAAUUGGUGUAAUCACUAAGCUUGAUAUAAUGGACAGGGGUACUGAUGCCCGAAACUUUCUGCUUGGAAAAGUUGUUCCACUUCGUCUCGGUUAUGUUGGUGUUGUGAAUCGCAGUCAGGAGGACAUUAAUAAAAACCGGAGCAUUGCAGAGGCUCUUGCAUAUGAGGAGCAAUUUUUUCGUGAUCAUCCUGUGUAUAGUGGUCUCUCUGAUCGUUGUGGCAUUCCUCAGUUAGCAAAAAAGCUAAAUCAGAUUCUGGAGCAGCAUAUCAGAAUGGUUCUCCCAGGUUUGAACGCUGAGUUAAAUUUCCAUAUGAUGAGUAUUGCUAAAGAGCUCCGAAUGUAUGGAGAAGCUAUUGAAUCUAAAGGGGAACAAGGGAUGAUUCUGCUGAACAUUUUGACACAAUAUUGUGAAGCAUUUUCUUCCUUGGUGGAUGGAAGAAGUCAGGAGAUGUCAACUAAAGAGUUGUCAGGUGGAGCCAGGAUUCACUACAUUUUCCAGUCAAUUUUUGUAAAGAGCUUGGAGGAAGUGGACCCUUGUGAUGAUCUAUCUGAUGAUGAUAUCCGAACGGCUAUUCAAAAUGCCACUGGUCUUAGAAAUACUUUAUUUGUGCCAGAAGUUCCAUUUGAAGUUUUGAUUAGAAGACAAAUUGCUCGGUUGUUAGAUCCUAGUCUUCAGUGUCUCAGAUUUGUUUAUGAUGAACUGGUGAAGAUGAGCCGUGCUUGUGAGGCAACUGAGUUGCAAAGGUUUCCCUUCUUAAGAAGGCGUAUGGAUGAAGUCAUGGGAAAGUUUUUGCGUGAUGGCGUAAAGCCUGCUGAGAGAAUGAUAGUGAAUCUUAUUGAGAUGGAGAUGGAUUAUAUAAAUUCUUCAAAUCCAAAUUUCUUAGGCGGGAGCAAAGCUGUUGAGAUUGCUAUGCAGCAGCUGAGAUCAUCGCAGCGCAAUAUGGAUGUUGAAAAGGUACCCACGUUGGAGAAGGGCCAGAAUUCUCGAGCUGGUAUUCCUAAGUCAAUUGUGAACGGUGUUUUGCCUAAUCAGCAGGGAAAUCGUCCUCCUUCGAAUAAUGAGAGACCUGUAUCAUCAGGAGGUAAUACAGCUACAAGGACAUGGGGAAUUUCAUCAAUAUUUGGCAGCAGAUCAUCACCUGGAGAGAGUCAAGCUAGCAGAUCACUUGGUGAAACUGCUCACCAUGUGGAGCAGAUGCCCUCUAUAAUCCAAUUGAGAGAGCCCCCAUCCAUCUUAAGGCCACUUGAAAUGACAGAGCAUGAAGCAAUAGUAAUAACUGUAACAAAAUUACUCUUGCGGUCUUACUAUGACAUUGUCAGAAAGAACAUUCAAGACUUAGUUCCCAAAGCUGUAAUGCACUUUCUGGUCAAUCAUACGAAAAGGGAGCUUCAUAGCAUCUUUAUACAAAAACUAUAUAGAGAGAGCCUUUUUGAAGAGCUAUUACAGGAGCAGGAAGAACUAGCUGUAAAAAGAAAACAGACACGAGAAAUGUACCUUGUUUUGCAACAGGCUAUUCAGACACUUGAGGAGGUUGAAUCUGUUGUAUUACCCCAAAAUUCAAACUCACGCGUGGGCACGGAUACUACCACUGGAUUGCCAAGGAUCCCAGGCUUUUCAUCCACUCUACCCUCAGCAAAUUAUAAUGAUAGCAGAUCAUCCUACAUAUCAUCAUUUACUAACUCUAAAGCCUCUAGAUUAUUCCAUUCAGAAGAGCAUUCAAUGUCCGUCAACUCAAAUGGACUGUAACUCUCAGGUGGAAGGGCUGGACAUCUACGCUACAAACACCUGAUGUCAGAUUGUACAGUGCUUUAAUUUCUAUAUUGGAAUUCAGCUAGUGGCCAAUUUACUGCAAUAUUGGUUCAUAUAAAUGAAGGAAUUAAUUGUUUGAUGACAAAAGGUGGUAAAUCUCAUAUAAACGGAGCAGAACUAGCACAUCUCUCUUGGGGUUUUGGUUUGCACCCAAAUAAAAAAAAUUGAAAUGGCGGAGGGCAGAAGAGAGGCUGAUUGUAUAUGUUUUAAGAGCAAUGGCAUAUAGUAUUUAUGUAUUAUAUGUGUUAAUUGAGGCUUAAUACAGAUGUUUAUGGUGCUUGAUUA